CCUAAAACGCUUUGAUGUUAGGGUUUCGGGUUCAAUAUGUUUUUUUAUACCCUUCGACGUGAAACCCAUUUGCCAAAAGUUCCAUAACGAUGACUUCACUCCGACGUCGCGACACGAAAUCCCAUCCUUCCGCCGCCGCCGGCAUAUUGUGCCUCGUCCUGCUGGCGAUCCCGGCGGCAGAAGCGGUGACGGUGCGGGUGGUGAACGGGCUGAGCGACCGCCGGAAGAAGCUGCUGGUGCACUGUAAGUCCGGCGACGACGACCUCGGGGUCAAGUACAUAACGGCCGGCGGCGAGGAUUACCACUUCAGCUUCCGGCCCAACUGGUGGGGGACCACGCUGUUCUGGUGCUACGUGGCGCCCGACGGCAACUCCCACCUGUCCUUCACGGCGUGGGAGGACAUGGACCCGCUCCCCAGCAACGAUUACUCCGACAGGGUCUGGCUGGCGAAAGACGACGGCGUUUACGUCUGGCGGCGGAUUUGGGACGUCGAUUUCAAAUUCUACAAAGGCUGGCUUCCUGGAAGGGAUAUCAUAUCUCCUUAUGGACACAUUAAAGGAGAUGACUGAAACCCAUAUGAUGUUCCUCUAACGCAAAUGAGUUUUCUUUAAUAGAUAAUUGCGGGCAUUAAAUUUCCUUAAAUUCCAUUUUAGAAUGCAGUCGUGUUAUUAUUUCCUUAAACUUAAUCAAAUGUACAUAGUCAAUAAUUCAAUUGUUACAUUGAUAAUUUUCUCCGACAAACUGGCCACGAGUUCAACUCAUUCAGUAAUACGAUUGACUCUACAUUAUUCUAAUCUUACUAAUUACAUCUGCGGCGGCUUUACACAUGUGUAAUUUAUGUUGAAUCCGAAAAAAUUAUCGUAAUUAUUAUGUUACUUUUUGUUUUUAUCCUGUUGCAUGGAUAUAUCUGUAAGCAAAUAAAAUCUAUAAUUUGCGGUACUUUUAACCAGAAUUUCCGUUUACUCAUAAAUAAGUAUCGCAUAGUUGA